AAGUCAAUGAUAGUUGAAUGACCCAAUCUAUACUCCAAGCUUCAUAAAUGGUAACCUCUCAUUUGGAAGUCAUCACUACUCUGCAAGUUGCAAAACAAUGGGUAGCAGCAGCAGAGGCGGCAGAGUACUCAUUCUUCUCUAUCUGUCAUGUUUACUUAUCCCUUCAUAUUCGGCCACUGACACUUUAGAUCGAGGCAAACAACUCAGAUUUGGAGAGUUGCUGGAAUCAUCAAACAAUCUCUUCAAGUUAGGAUUCUUCCAAUUUGAUCGGUACUAUUAUUCUUUCUUGGGAAUAUGGUAUAACGAUACAACAUGGUAUCGAGAUGGAGACGACAAUAUUGUAGUCCAGUACCCAGUGUGGAUUGCAAACCGAAACGCCCCAAUCUUCGAUAAAUCCACAAGUCUCUCAGUUGAAGGCAAUGGAAGUCUUCAGAUUUUAUCCAGUGAGAGUGAAGUCAUCGCUUUGUAUUCAUCAACAAGAGCUUCAAUUCAUGCUUGUGCCACCCUACAGAACGACGGUAACUUUCUACUGCACGAGCUGAAUUCAGAUGGAUCUGUGAAGAGGGUUUUGUGGCAGAGUUUUGAUCAUCCAACAGACACUCUUCUUCCUGGGAUGAAACUAGGAAUCAACUGGAAAACUGGGUUGACUUGGAAUUUGACAUCGAGGGAAGUUAAUGACGUCUUUGCUUCUCCUUCCUUCAACUCUUUUACUCUAGGCAUGAAUCCCAACGGUACAAAAGAACUGAUCAUGUGGCGACUGGGGGAGGUAUAUUGGAGAAGCGGACUUUGGCAACAGAGCAUCUCUGAUUUUCCAUCCGUAUACUUUCCAAUUCCACAACCCUACAGCUUUAAUUUUACUCAAAAUGAGAAUGAGACGUACUUCUAUUACACUGCAAACCAAACGAGCCAAACAAAAAUUUCUUUCCCUAGAAUAAGAAUUGCAUCAACAGACGUGGAUCCGUUGAAUGAUUCAGAUUGGUCUAUUUCAGGUGGUGUGCUCAUGAUCUACAGUGCAAAUACCUGGACCAAUGUAGUUUCAUGUAAUUAUACAUUACCCUUCGUUAUUACUUCCGGAUGCAUAAACAGAAUGCUUCCUGAGUGCACGCGUACUAUUGAUGAUUAUGGAAACAUCAUUGCAAAGCGGGGCUCAAUGUCGAAUGCUGGAUUCAUAAUCAGUGAGAGUCACGACAUGACUAUCGACGAUUGUAAAGCUAAAUGCUUGUUAAACUGUUCUUGUUUUGCUUAUGCUGCCACAAAUUCUGAGGAUCAAACUGGCUGUGAAAUUUGGACAUCAAGGGCGAUCUUUAUUACAACAAAACAUGGCCGCAAUAUCUACAUCCUUCCUUCCAAAGGAAACAAAUGGUGGCUGUGGCUAACCUUGUCAGUUGGAGGAAUAAUGAUUAUACCCACCCUGUGCUCUGUCUGCUAUAUCAUAUGGAGACAAUUCACAUCGCAUGGUGAUGAAAACAUUAACCAGAGGACAUUAAUAAAAGAACUGGAAGGCGACAGUGGGGUGCAUUCCUUCUUAUUUGGAAAACCAAAAAGUUGUAAGAAAUAUAGAAAUGAGCUCCAUGUCUUCAGUUUUGAAAGCAUUGUCUCUGCUACAAAUUAUUUUUCUGCUGCAAAUAAGCUUGGAGAAGGCGGCUUUGGACCAGUUUACAAGGGAAUGCUGCUUGAUGGUCGAGAAGUGGCAAUAAAACGACUCUCAAGAAGUUCAGGACAAGGAAUGGUUGAGUUCAAGAACGAAGCGUUACUAAUUGCAAAGCUGCAGCACACUAACCUUGUGAGGCUUCUAGGCUUUUGCAUUCAAGGAGAAGAAAAGAUAUUAAUCUACCAAUAUAUGCGAAACAAAAGCUUGGACUCCGUUCUUUUUGAUCCUGUGAAGAAGAAAAUGUUGAAUUGGAAGAGACGCUUUGUCAUUAUUGAAGGAGUUGCUCAAGGGCUUCUUUAUCUUCACAAAUAUUCUAGAUUGAGAGUGAUUCAUAGAGACUUAAAGGCCAGCAACAUUUUGCUUGAUGACGAGAUGAAUCCAAAAAUAUCAGAUUUUGGGUUGGCUAGAAUAUUUGAACAGAAUGAAUAUGAAGCAAACACAAAUAGAGUUGUUGGAACAUAUGGUUAUAUGUCUCCAGAAUAUGCUUUCCAUGGCCUUGUUUCAAUCAAAACUGAUGUAUUUAGCUUUGGAGUUUUGUUGCUAGAGGUUGUAAGUGGCAGGAAGAGUACUGGUCGCUAUCAUCCUGAGCAUCCUCUCAAUCUUUCAGGAUAUGUAUGGCAGCUCUGGAAUGAAGACAGAGCUUUAGAGUUGAUAGAUCCUAGUAUGGAUGAAUUUUGCCCUCAUGAUCAAAUAUUAAGAUGCAUUCAUAUUGGCCUCCUGUGUGUGCAAGAUCAUGCCAUUGAUAGACCCACCAUGUCUGAUAUUGUUUCAAUGCUUUCAAAUGAAACAAUGCCGCUGCCAAAACCAAAACAACCAGCAUUUUUCACUGACACCAGAUUUGAGGAAAACACUGGUGUUCCUGAAAUUAAGUCGGAGAACUGUUCCAUAAAUCAUGUGACAAUUUCUGAUAUGGAAGCUAGAUGAUUGUUGUCUGGGGUUACGGAGGUGCUAUUAUUAGAGUUGUUUAUGUAAGGAUUUUAUAGUUCGAUUCCAUUCAGGGUGCUAUUAUGUUUGUUUCUACACUAAUGUCUUUAUAGUCUAUCAACUGUAUACUGAAUAGUGAAAUUAUUCAUAUUUACCUCAGGAAAGCAUAAGCAGAUCCAACAUAAUGAAUCUAUCUAAAAGAAAUGGGUUAAUUUUUG